AUUUUCUUUUAGAUAAACUGUUAAAGAUAUUGACGUAUAUAAUACGUAUGUUUGUAGUGUUAAUAUAGUGAAAUAUUGUCAGAUAACAGAAACAUUUUAUCGAUAAGUGUGUACGAAUACGUUGGAAUGGCUUAUAAGCUAUCUGGUCUGUAACAGACGAAACCUCGGAAAUUUACCAGUUUUUAAUUCGUUUUUGGACUAUAAAUUGGACUAUUUUUUUAUUGCAACAAGUGAAAUAUUUAUUUUUCUCGGCAUGGGAAACGCGGCGACGGCCAAAAAAGGUGACCCUGCCGAAAAUGUCAAAGAGUUCUUAGCAAAAGCCAAAGAAGAUUUUACACAAAAAUGGGAUCAUCCGAGCCAGAACAAUGCGUGCCUGGAUGAUUUUGAAAGAAUAAAGACUUUAGGUACUGGUUCAUUUGGUAGAGUCAUGUUAGUUCAACACAAAGCAAAUAAAGAUUUUUUUGCUAUGAAAAUCCUAGACAAACAGAAAGUAGUAAAAUUAAAACAAGUUGAACACACAUUAAAUGAAAAGAAGAUUUUACAAGCUAUUAAUUUUCCUUUUCUUGUCCGUUUAGAAUAUUCUUUCAAGGAUAACACAAACUUGUAUAUGGUAUUGGAAUUCGUCACUGGUGGUGAAAUGUUUUCACAUUUACGAAGGAUAGGCCGGUUUAGUGAACAACACUCAAGGUUUUACGGUUCUCAAAUUGUUUUGGUGCUAGAGUACCUACAUCAUUUGGAUAUAAUGUAUCGAGAUUUAAAACCUGAGAAUCUACUGUUAGAUUCGCUAGGUUAUUUAAAGGUAACUGAUUUCGGUUUUGCAAAGCGUGUUAAAGGUAGAACAUGGACUUUAUGUGGAACACCAGAAUAUCUCGCUCCUGAAAUUAUUCUCAGCAAGGGUUAUAAUAAAGCAGUAGAUUGGUGGGCAUUAGGUGUUUUGAUCUAUGAAAUGGCAGCUGGUUAUCCUCCAUUUUUCGCUGAUCAACCUAUUCAGAUUUAUGAAAAAAUUGUGUCCGGAAAGGUGCGUUUCCCAUCUCACUUUAGUAGUGAUUUAAAAGAUUUAUUACGUAACUUACUACAAGUAGAUUUAACUAAGAGAUUUGGUAAUUUACGUAAUGGUGUCAAUGAUAUUAAACAACAUAGAUGGUUUAAUAGUACUGAUUGGAUUGCUAUCUAUCAAAGAAAGGUUGAAGCUCCAUUUGUACCCAAACAUAAAGGUGCUGGAGAUACAAGUAAUUUUGAUGAUUAUGAAGAAGAGGCACUUCGCAUAUCCUCAACAGAGAAGUGUGCUAAAGAAUUUGCCGAUUUUUGAGAUAGCCACAUUUGUACUAAUUUGGAAUCAUCAUCAUGCAUGGAAUCUUCCUUAAAUAUCAGACAGUUCAGUGGUUUUCUAUUGUUUCACUCAGUUGAUGCACAAAACAGAAAUGAUGGACAAUGGAACAGUCAUUUUUUUGGAUUGUUUACAUUGGAUACAGACAUUUUGCUAGUUAUUGUGUGCCAAGUAUUUGAUUGUUAAUUGUUUUUGAUUCAAAAAGAGUUUGUCUAUGUUGUUUAAUGGCGCUGUUAUGAAAUAAGAAAUGGUUUAGAACAGAAAGACGGUCUAACAUAAUGAUUGAAAGUUUAGGAAUAGUAUGUUUAAAGUGUAUUUUAAUCACUGAUAUUGCUCAAUGAAACUUAAUCUAUCAUCACUAUUCAUUUUAAAAUAAAAAAAAAAAAACAACACCUCUUUAUCUCCCUUCUAUAACAUUGUAACUCAAGUUUUUAAUGUGUUCUUUCCCCAAAUUUUAACUAAGCUAUUUGAAAUCUUUGUAUUAUAUUAUCAAUUUGUAAUUUGGAAACUAAUAUAAGUGCAUUUUAUCACUUCAUCACAGGCACUGUUUAAACACCAUGUUUUUUAAACUGGGAAAGAUCUUCAAAGCAAUUUCAAGUGUAAAUAACAGUUUUUUUUUUUUUCAAACUAUUAUCAUUUUCAUGUCUUUAUGUGAGUUGUGGAAUGUAUGUGUGUUUGUAUGGAUACAAUCUUAAUAUUUAUUUUAAAUUAUUAACAAACUGUCAUUGAAAAUUUGGUUUGUUUUUUUUUGAAUAAAUUUGCAUUUAUUAUUCAAAUGAGACCUGAAGUUGACUAAGUAACACACAAGUGUAUAAAUGCAAUCUAGAAAUUGAUGAAACUUUUGUUAAGAAUUCGAAAAUUGGUUUAUAAAAUUGGUUUAUAAAAUUGGUUUAUAAAAUUGGUUUAUAAAAUUGGAUUAUAAAAUUGGUUUAUAAAAUUGGAUUAUAAAAUUGGUUUAUAAAAUUGGUUUAUAAAAUUGGAUUGAAUAAUUUGGAACUAAUUCAAAUUAACUGUAAAUUUGGUGGAUUUUUAGAAUGAAUGAAAGCUGUAUAAAAACUUUUCAGAAAAGCAUAAUUGUCCAGUUUCCCAAUGUUGUGAAUAAAAUGUAUAGAAUGAUGGUGUCAUAUGGUAUCCCUGUGUCUACUAUCCUAUGAUGCUGUGUUUUAUUUGCUAGUACAAAUGUAGAAGAUGUUUUGAAGGUAGUGCUGUUGUUUAUUAUUUAAACUUGGUAUGUUUUAAUUAUAAUUCAUAAAAAAAUAUUGACACGAUU